CCUUUGUUGCAUGGGGGUGUCCAGCCGGGGCUGAGGGGCGGGGCGGGCGCGCGCGGCGACCGUUGGCGGGCCGUUGCCUCUCCGCUGCCUCCCGCUGCCCCAUGAGCGCGACGGCGGCGGCGGCCCUCGCCGAGGGGGCGGCCCUGGCUGAGGGGGCUGCCGUGCCCUACGCCGUGGAGCUGGGGCUGACCGUGCUCCACACGGCGCUCUACGCCGCCCUCUUCCUCUUCGCCUACCUGCAGCUCUGGCUGCUCCUCUACUACCGGGAGCGGCGGCUGAGCUACCACACGCUCUGCCUCUUCCUCUGCCUGCUCUGGGCAGCCCUCAGGACCACCCUCUUCUCAUUCUACCUGCAGAACUCCCUGCAGGCCCUCCGCCUCCAGCAGCCUUUCGCCCACUGGCUUCUUUACUGCCUGCCCGGCUGCCUGCUCUUCUCCAGCCUCUGCCUCCUCAACCUCUAUUUCGCUGAGGUCAUAUUCAAAGUGAAAUGUGCAGCUGAUUUCAACAAGUACAAGGUCCUGUUGUAUCUGGGCUCCAUAUUUACCAGCCUCUUCUUCUUAGUUGUGAACUUAACUUGUGCAAUGUUAAUCCAUGGUGAGGUUCCAGAGAACCAGCUGAGGUGGAUAGUCCUUGCCCGUGCCCUAGUCAACGACAGCCUCUUCAUCUUCUGUGCCAUCUCACUGGCUUGCUGCGUGUGCAAACUAGGGAAGAUGUCUUCAGCAAAUGUCUACCUCGAGUCUAAGGGAACAUCUGUCUGCCAGGCUAUUCUUGUGGGAUCUGUAGUUGCUCUUCUAUAUUCCUCAAGGGCUUGCUAUAACCUGGUAGCUGUGGCCAUAUCUCCAGACAAUGUUCCUGGGCCUUUUAAUUAUGGCUGGGACAACCUUUCAGACAAGGUGCAUGCAGAAGUGAGCAGUGAAGAGUAUGUGGUGUUUGGAGUGGUCCUCUUCCUCUGGGAGCUGAUGCCAACAACUUUUGUGGUGCUGUUCUUCCGGGCUCAGAGACUCAGUCAGAACUUGACUCCAGCGGGGAUGGUAAAUAGUCAUAGUUACAGCUCCAGAGCCUACUUCUUUGACAAUCCGAGGCGCUACGACAGCGAUGAUGACUUGUCCCGGCUUGGGGCCAGAGAAGGAGGCUUGGCCACCCCUCAGUGCUCGGGCUGCUAUGGGUCCCUGGCUGGGAAUGACAGCUACAUGGUGGGUCCACAGCUCAGCGGGACUGCUGCAGACAGUGCCCCCUUGCUCGUUGCUGCAGGCGGUUCGGAGAUGAAUAAUCACCAUAGCCCAUAUGCUGCACCACAGAAAUGAAGAGGCUGCAAGGUCCCUCUCUUCCCAGAAGUGGCAUUCAUGUAUAGGAUUGUAACCUGGUUUUCUCUUUCCUUCUUCCUGAAGCAUUUAAUUCAUCGACACAAACAUUCCACUACCUGCUGCAGCUGUGAGCAGGACUGAGCCUAUGGCUGCAUGCAGUAAGCAAGAGAACUGUGACUUUAAGGUACCAUGUAGCAAAGUGAAGCUGAACUUUCUGGAAGCUUUUUCUUGGUCUGGUCUUCAAGAUGUUGGCAGCUAAAUGCACCAGAGCUUCCUCACUAGAAAAGAAACAUCAAAUGCAUAUUUGCACUUUUAUCUGCACACUUGGAAGGAACGAAUCUUGCUCAGACUGCUUGGUCUGAGACUGUUCUAGUUACUCUUUUAAUUGCACAUCCAUAGCUGGGAGAGGCACUGUCUUCCUGCAAAGACGUGUUCUGUGAAGUACUCUGCAUCCUGACUCACUUGGGAGCAUGAAGCUCUGUUUACUGAGUGUGUUGUGGGCAGAGCCUCCUGCUGUGAGUGUUGAAGCAUACUGUGCCAUAUUCACACCUGGCCAGGGCUGGUGUGACCAGGCUCAGUGGGGUCUUGCCUCCCACUGCUGGUCCUAGUUUCACCUGAUUGCUGAACUGUCCUACCUAGGACUGUGGAUUCAAAGCUGAGCUCAAAGCACAUCCUAGUGGAGGCCUAUGAGGAUGAGGUCUAGUGUUCCUAGUGGCAUUAUGAUCACCAUGUUGUUAAUCAACCCACUAGCUUAUGGGAAAGGAAGAGGGCUGGCUCGGAUGGUAGCUGCUGUCAAGUGAGGGGACAAAACUUUAUAGGCUGCUGCCUUCACAGGGAAAGCUUAGAGCUGGCUUGGCAAGAGUGUGUGGCCCAAAGCACAUGGAAAAAACCUGGGCUGCUUGAACUCCUGGAUGGUGGGAGCAGCUCUGCUCCCCCUCUUCUCCACCCACAGUGGGGCUCCCCUUUUCCUCCCCCUCAGUAUUAAAUUGCA